AUGGAAAGAUUAAAAAAGUUCUUUAGAGGAUAUAUGCAAACAAUGUUAUAUGGAAUUGAAAUUAGACCAAAAUAUAAAGUAAAGAUAAUAAAUAUUAGAUUAGAUGGAUUAUUCAUUUUAUAUAAUUUUGCAUACAAUAAAUUAAUUUUAAUUGCUGGCAAUCAUAUUUCAAACAAGUCAUGAGAAAAGAUACUCAGAUUUUAAAUUAGACUUUGUUUAAAGUUUCUUAGAGUUUUUUUUAGUAAAUAGCCUAUUAAAAUAGAGCUUAUCCUACUCUUUAGGCUACAUUAUAAUUGUCAUUUCAUUUUUAUCUUAAUUGAUUCUAUUUUUAUUUUUAUGCUUUUCAACAUUCAUUAGACUAUAUACUGCUAAUUUAAUAAAGACAAGUGAGAAAGGCAAUUUAAAUAACAAUAUUUAAAAUUGGGUGUAAUAAUUUAACGAACUUUUGCACUGGAUAUUCGUUGCUUAUCCAGUUAUUUACUUAUAAAUUGCUGUAUUAUCAUUUAGUACAUUAUCAUGUAAUUCAUUAAGUUUAAUACCUUAUAAAGAAUGUGAAAUUAUACCUUUACUUUAAGUUUUCUCUCUAAUUUAACUUUUAAUUUCUUUUUUUAAUGGAUAAAUUUUGAUAUACACAAUGAGAAAUCAUAGAUUUAAUGAAAUUAAUUGUCUAAAAAGAAGAUAUUCUAGUUUAUUAUUAUUCAAUAAUACAAUAGUACUGGCUAUAAUAUUUUUUCAUUAUAAUUACGAAUUUGUAAUAAAUUAUUUGAUAAUAGUUUAAUCUAUCAGAUGCUAUUAAAUAUGUAUUAGCUAAUCUAUUUACAAUUAAUCAAAUAAUUGAUUAAUUAAAUAAUUAUCCUUACAGAGAUCCAGUUAGAUUACCUGCAAUAACAAUGACAUUUAUAUAAUUUUGGAUUGUUGUAGUUUUAACAAUAUAUAGAUUUUCAGCAAAAAUUGAAGAAAAUUAAUUAUUCUUUCUAAUGGCACUCCCAAUACCAUUAGUAUAUAUGAUUGGAUAAGGGUUAGCAACUCAAUUUUAUUUUUAUGGAAUCAUAAAUUCUAAUUCAAAUACAUAAAUAAAAGAGAAACAUUUAAUUAUUACUGCUGAUUAUUUUUAUAAAUUAUAUCUCGAUUACAAUAAAGUAUAUAUAUAAAAAUUAUAUUAGAGUUAAGUAUGUUAGAUUUAAUUUCAAUAAUUUAUUAAGAUCCAUAGAUGUUAUUGCAAAAAUAAAAAAUGUUAUUCUUAAGAUUUGAAAUAUAGAUAGGCAGAUUUGGAUUAAAAAAAAGAUCUUCAUUAAUUAUCUUUAAGUAUCAUUAAAUGCAUUUUUAAAACAGCUUAAUAAUGGUUAUUUUCAUUGUAAUAUAUUAUGAUUAAUUGAAUUAGAGCUAAUUAAAAUUAAGAUUUAUAGUUUGAAUAACUAUAACUAUAAUAUAUCAGUUUUGUCUCUGAUAUAGCAUAAAAACCAUUGCUUGGAUAUUUAGAAUUAAGAAAAUAAUAAAAUAGUAAAAAUAAUAAUAAUUCUAUAUAUUUUAUUGAAAUAACAAAUAAAUUAGCAGAUCAACUUCAAAUUUAAAUUUUAGAUAAUCAACAAAGAUAAACAUCUAAGGAUGUACUUAUCUAAGAAUAAAAAAGUUAAUUAAUAGAGAUUUCAUUAUAAUAAUAAUGGUGGACAUAAAAUUUAUAUGAAAAUUUAUUGAAUGAUUAUAUUUGUCUACUUGAUUUAAAGGUUGAACAUUGGAAUAAUCUUAUGAUUGGAUAUUAAAGUCUGAAUCCAUUUUAAUAGAAUACAUAAUAAUUAUGUAGCAAAAUUAAAUAAGUAAAUUAUUGUGAAUUAAUUAUUAGUUGAAAACUUUAUUGGAUAAAUAUAUUGGAGUGCCUGAAGAAUGGUUUGAUUUAAAAGUCACAACAAGUAAAGGUCAUUAGGUUAAAAAGUUAAGUCAUGCUCUAUUAAAUAUAAAUUCUAUUACACUUAAACUAUAUUCCUUAUUCUAUUCAAUUAUGAUGAAUGAUUAUGAUAGAGUAAAUUUAUUAAUAAAUUUCUUAGUCUUUCUAUAUAGAAUAGUAUGUAAAAGAUCUUACUUCAAAUGAUAGAUAAAAAGAAAUAGAUAUCAUUGAUAAUUUUUCUUUAUUGAAUGAUAGAACUACAAUUAUUCUAGUUAGUCUUGUUAAAAAUAAAGGAAAAAUAGUUAAUAAGAAUUAAUUAGCUUUGGCUAAUUAUUUUUAAUAUAUUGAUAGUAAUAAUUUUAAAGAUAGUGUUCCAAAUAUUCAUAAAUUAUUACCUAAAUCUAUUAUGCCAGCACAUGAAUUAUUAAUAGAUUAAUAUAUGUAAAGAGGAUAUAGUUAAUUUUUUGUUAAAAAGAUUAGUGGUUAUUAUGAAAAUGCUAAAGGAUUUAUUUAAAAAUCAUAUAUUAAAUUGGGGAAUUUAUUUGAAGAAUUAGAUGAUUAUGUAAUAACUGCAUCAAUGUUAAAAUGUAAUUUAUCUAAUUAAACUAUUUUAUUUGAUAUUGAGGGGAAAAUAAUUGGAAUAAGUGAAAAAUUGUAUGAUAUUACAAAGAAAAUAAAUCCAUAAAUUUAAAUUGACUUUUUUAAAGAGUUUUGUAGAAUAUUUUUAAUAUAUCCAUCAAUUUUAACAACAUUAAAAUAAAUGGAAUAAUAAAAUAAAUAAAAAUUAGAUGAAUUUAUAUUGGAUAAUGAAGAUACAUUAUUAUAUAUUCCUUUCAAUUUGAUUGAAUUAAAUUCAUUAUAUAUAAAAGAAUAAUAUGAUAAAUUUGGAUAAAAAGUUGAUUUUGGUUUGGAAAGUGAGAAUUUAAGUUCUUGGAGAUCUUGGAAAAGUUUGACAAAAAGUUUAUAUUCAUAAGAAAAUAAUCAAGACAAAAAUCAUCUAUAUAAAAUAACUGAUUUAGAGAAUAUUGAUUUUUCAUUAUAAUUUAUGUAGAUUCAUAAAGAAAUGUUUGAGUAAUUUACAAUUCUAAAAACUAAAGUAAGACUACUUUAUUAAUAAUUAAAAGUUAAAUCAUAUUAAUACAAUUAUUUUAUUUUAGAAUUAGAUCACAUUACUGAAAUAAAUUCUGAAAAUAAAUAUUUUAAUAAAUAUCCAAGUAUUAAUAAAAUUAUAGAAUUUUAACUUAAUGCAGGUUAAACUGUAGCAUAUAAUAAAACUUAUCCUGAUAGUCAUAUUGAUAGUUUAGAUAGAUCAUUUAACAAUUAAAAUUUAAAUUAAUAACUUUAUGAUUAAAAAUAUAUCAAAGAAUUGAGAAAAAAAUAAAAUUUAGAGAAUCAGAAUGAUAAAUCUAAAUAUGGAAAGUAUAAUGAAAUUAAAUCUAAAGAAUAUGAAGAUAAAAUAAAUGAUGAAUUCAAUAAUUUAUCUUUAACUAUACAAAGAGAUAAAGGUCCAUAAUUAUGGUAGAUACCUCUUUAAAAAAUAGAUUAAGAUGAUGAAUUUGAAUUUUAAAUGAUAGAUGGCCAUUUUAAAGUAUUUGAUUAUUUAAAUUUAGUAAUUUGAAUAAGAUUAAGAAAUACAAUAAUAUUAAUAAUAAUAAUCAAGUAUUCUACGUAAUUUUGGUAAAGAUAAAGAAGAAUCUUAAAUAGAUAUAGAUGAUAAUUAAGGAAAGAAUUCUUCAAAUCAUGAUAAUGAGGUUGUAAAAGCAGAUUUAAUGGAGAUUUUAUAAAUUAAUAGAUAAUUAAAAUAAAAGAAUAAGUACUUUGUAUAUAAUAUAUUAUAGUGAAUAUGAAGAAGAGGAAAAUAAAUAAAAAAGAUCUAUAAGUUCAUCACGUACUAGUUCAUCUAAAUCUCCCUCUAUGUUAAUUAGAUAACUUUAUUCAAUAAAUACUUUUUAAGGGAAUAUUAAAUUAAUAGUAUUUAGUAUACUAUUGAUAGCUCUUCUAUUUAUAAGUUUAAUUUUUGUAAAAAUGCAAAUAGUUUAAUGUAUUAUUUUAUAUAAAAUUAGAAAAUUAUAAUGUACUUUAAACUAAUAUUAAUUAUGUAACUUUUCCAGAAUCCUUAAAUUUUUACUUUGUUAAAACUACUUAUAUUUCAUGGAUAUUAUUAACAUAAGAAUUGAAUUUAGUGACUUACAGUGAAUUUAUUUAGACUUAAAUUGAAUAAGAACUCAAUUCUAUGAAAGAUAUUAUAGAUAUUAAAUUAAAUGAGCUUUAUUAAGGAAUUAUAUAAUAUGAAAAUUAAAUAAUAACAAGUGAUUUAAAACUCAUUAAUAUAAAUGAAUAUGAAGCAUAGACUUAAUAAUUAGAUCUCACAUAACUUAUUUAAUUAAUACAAAUUCAUACAUUCAAUUUUAUUGAUCAAUUUAAAAGUAUUACCAGCUAUAAGGAUGUUUUAUUUUUUCGUCUAAAUAUGCCAUUUAUAUACCAAUUUGCUUUUAAAUAUAUCACUUUGUUAAAUGAAAAUCUUGUAUAUUAUGAAGAUAAAAUUAUUAAUGAUGUUAUUUAAAUUACAAUGAUCAUUUUAGGUUUUAUUACUGCUAUAAUUUUAUAUAUAACAUUUUAAAUUUCAAAUGUUACCUUAUAUGAGAAAUAAAUAUUAAUGCUAAUAUCAAGAGUUUCAUACAAAGCUGCAGAAGAAGCUAUUGAUAAAUUAUUAGAUAUCAGGUCUGUUCUUUCUGAACCAACUUAAUUGGUUUGGAAGAAAAUUAAUUUUUUUGAUCUUAAUUAUGAAAGUAAAGAAAAUAAUAAUGAUUAAAAUAAAAUGAUUGUGGCUAAGAGUUUAAAAACAACUUCAGCAACAAGAUCAAAUUAUUAAAAUACAAAAUCUAAAUCAAAAUCUAAAAGAAAUUACUAAAGCAAUUCACUUGCUUAAAGAAUAUAUGAUUUAAGUUUGAUUAAUAAAAUGAACUAUAUUUAUUUGAUAGUUGUAUGGUUGAUAUUUUGCCUUUUUGUAAUUGGUUCAAUUCUUGUAACUGUAAAUUAAAUUUCUGAUAUCAAACCAACACUCAAUUUAAAUUUAUAAUUAAUUCGAUUUAAAUUUAGAUUUGAUUCAUUAAUUGUUUAUAGUGAAGUUAUUAAAACUGAAAAAAUAAUAGAAACAUAUUUACAAAAUUAAUAUAAAGAUUUAGAUAUGUAAAUAGAUGUAAUAAUUGAUUUAUUCAAUUAAUAAUAUAAUGGAUUUUAAGAAAGUAUGAAAUAAAUUUAUGAUUCUCUUAUUGGAAAUUCAGGAUUAAUGUAAACAUAAAAAACAGAAUUACUCAUGUAUUUUGAAUAAAGUCUAUGUAAUUUCAUGAGUCCAGAAAUUCCUUUCUGUAAUAUCUAAAUAUCAAGUGAUUUUAAUUUUACUGUUCCUAAAAGUUUCAUAGAUCAAUAUGGUUAGCCUAUAGCAGAAGACAAUAAUUACGAAUAUGUUUCUGGAGGAAUAAUUAAUAUGGUUUAAGAAUUCAGUAAAACCUUAUAGAUGUACUAUUAUACUGAAUUAGUUAAUAAAAUGUUGAGUAACGAUAGUGCUUUUGAAAUUAGUCAAUAUUUAAGAUCUAAAGUACAUAUAACUUAAUAGGUGGAAUAUUUUUUAGAUACUGGAAAAUUAUUAAGCACUGUUGGAUAUAAUUUAUAUGAAUAAAAUUAAUCAAAGUUAAAUUAGGCAACCACUCUUACUUAAAUAUAUGUCUAUCUAACUGGAUUCAGUGUAUUUCUAAUAUUUAUUAUAAUGUCAUAUAAAUGGAUGAAAUAAAUAACAACAAGGCUUUAAUUAAUGAGAUUGAGUUUAACUCUUAUACCAUAUGAUAUUUUAUUAGAGCCAAAGACUAUAAGUUCACUCAAAUAAUUGUGA